ACGAUGAAGACUGGCCGCCAAUGAACAAAACGAUCCCACAAAACUAAUACCGCCUCUCUCUUGUUGUCUUCAUCACAGUCGCAAUCUCUCUUGAUCUCUAUCCCACAAUCUCUUCCCUCUCUUUCUUGCUAUAUCUUUAUCUCGAAUUUGUGAGCAAACAAAGUUUUUAAAAUUUCCAGCUACUAGUGAGAAAAUAGAGAUCACGAGGCACUUGAGAUUAGAUAUGAGGCGUGAUGCCAGUCAGAUACCCUGUAAGGUGGCAUUCAUUCAAGAUGGCUUAUCAAUACAAAUAGUAAAAAUUGAGGCUUAUAAAAGUGAUGAAGAUAUUACAGAACACAAAAAUUUUAUAUCUCUAUCCAAGCCUGUUCCUGUAUCAAGUAGUAGACAUAUUCAUAGCUCAGAUAGCAGCAACUUGGGGACUUCAUCUUCGGACAAAUUAACACAACAAAAUCAAGAAGUUAUGCAUUUCAAACAAGAUACAAAUUACUUAAUAAAUUAUAGAGCUACACAUAGCCGAUAUGAGAGAGUUCUAUUCGGACAUAAAUGCUCAGAAGCACCACUUUUGUGCACAAUUUGUGGAGCAAGGACUGAUACGUACUAUAUCAAGGAUGCUAUGUUGUUCAAUUACUCUGAAAUUCAGUUAGCCACAAAUGAUUUCGCCAAGGAAAAUUUAUUAGGAGAGGGUGGAUAUGGUCAUGUCUAUAAAGGUAAACUUAAAGAUGGACAACUCAUUGCAGCAAAGGUACGUAAAGAAGAAAGCAAUCAAGGAUUUACUGAGUUUCAUUCUGAGGUUUACGUCUUAAGUUUUGCACGCCAUAAGAACAUAGUGAUGCUGCUUGGUUAUUGUUCAAAGGAGAAAUUCAAUAUUUUGGUUUAUGAGUAUAUAUGCAACAAGUCUCUUGAUUGGCAUUUAUUUGAUGAAACUGCCAGCCCUCUUGAAUGGCACCAAAGAUUUGCUAUUGCUAUUGGGAUUGCAAAAGGGCUGCGCUUUCUUCAUGAAGAAUGUCGAGGAGGACCCAUAAUUCAUCGGGACAUGAGACCAAGCAAUAUACUGUUGACGCAUGACUUUAUUCCAAUGUUAGGUGACUUUGGGCUAGCAAAGUGGAAAACAAGUGAUGAUUAUUCAUGGCAAACAAGGAUACUUGGUACAUUAGGAUACCUUGCCCCAGAGUAUGCAGAAAAUGGCAUGGUUUCUGUGAGAACAGACGUAUAUGCAUAUGGUAUUGUUUUGUUGCAACUAAUAUCAGGACACAAAGUUGUGUUUGAUGUAGAUGGUGAAGAAAAAACACAGUCUCUACGGCAAUGGGCGCAACCUAUAAUCUACAAGUUGGCACUACAUGAACUAAUUGAUCCUCGAAUUGGUGAUUCAUAUGAUACUAAUGAAUUAUACCGUAUGGCUAAAGUUGCAAGCUCAUGUGUACAAGGAAGCCCUGAAAUGCGUCCGUCUAUAGGAGAGGUUGUGCGUCUUCUUGAAGGGGAAAACGAGCAUUUCCAUCGCUUUGGUGAUCAAUUCAUACCACCUUAUACAAAGUGAAGCAAGCAAUUAUAUAUACUCCACUCGUUCAUUUAUUAAUUAAUUUAUAUGGUUGUUAUUAAAACAAGAUUACAAAUAUAUUAUUGAUCAAUGUCCAAAUGGCGAUCACUAAACUAAAUUAUCAAAACAAUAUAUGACGUAUAGUAAGCUUGUCUUCUUGAUGCCCUAUAUUUCAGGCAAAAUAAUAAAAUUUUCUAUUUAAAAUUUACAAUUUGAUGUUGACAUAUUGUUUAUUUUUUUUCUUCUAAGAAAGUCCAUUUAUUGAAAAAAAAAAAAACCAAAACAAAGGCUAAAAGCCAGCUAGGGGCAGCUCCCCUACAGAGAAAACUCAAGUGGUCACAGAAGACCUAGAGCACUUAGGCAAUUCUCAUUCCUAGGCCAAAAUAAAACCUUACAAAAAGAAAUGUUCUUCAUUAAGAGCAUGAUGGAAGCAAAAAAAUAAGCAUAUCGACAAUGAUCAAGCUAAAAUGUCUUGAGUUCUAGACUUUGAUCAGAGUAGACAGAUCGAGAAGAUAACCAAAUAAAACCAACCCUAGACACAAUUGUUUUCAAAGCUAAUAAAAAGGCAUUCAAUUUAGUCUUGAGAGCAUAGUUGGCUUUGAAAGCCUUAAACUCCACACAUAUGAUUUGGUGAUGCAAGGGAAAAAUCAUACCAGCCCCAACGUCAUCUUUUUUGAAAGAGCCAUCAAUAAGAGCCACCAUGACAUCAGCCAAAUUAGGGAUCUCCAUUGCCUAGAUUUUCUUGAGCGAAGCACCUUGAUACAAACUUGAUCAGACCCAUCUAGAGGAGGGAAAGAGGCAUUGGAGUUUUUCAGGAAAGCCUUACCCAUUUUCAGUAGAAGAUCAUGGUGGGGAGAGAAUCUUCGAAGAGCAGAGCCAUUCAGAAAAAUCAAGAAGGAGACAGAGGACACACCAAACGUCACCAACUCUAUAAAUAAUCCUAAAAACCAUUGGCUGAAUCAACAACUCUUAGGAUGCUCUAUUCGAUACGAUCAUACGCCUUGCUCAAAUCAAUUUUGAUAGCCAUCACACAACCCCUCCCUAUCUUUUUCUUCAUUACAAUAACAACCUCCUGACUAAGCAUCCAGCAUUCCACAAUCUACUUGCCUGGAACAAAGGUAGUUGGAAUAGACUGAUAAAUCUUUACAUGAUACUAUAAAGUCAAGUAACAUUGAUCUUAGCCAACACCUUGUAUAAAAAAUUUGCAGAGGCUAAUCGGCCUAAAGUGGUCAAAACAAGAAGCACUAGAUCUUUUGGGGAAUUAGGAAAAUGAAAGUGGUUUAAAGAGCGAAAAAAAUUUCUCACAGGAAAGGUCUCCUAGACAAAACUAACCACACUUUGCCCAACAAUCUGUCAAUUCUUUCGGUAAAAGAGGCCAUUCAUACCAUCCAGACCUAGAAAGCUCAAAGGAUUUAAAGCCUAAGCAGUACGUCUAAUCUCUUCCCCAAAAUGGAUUUGCAUCGAGCAUUAAUAACUCUUAGGAUGCUCUAUUCGAUACGAUCACACGCCUUGCUCAAAUCAGUUUUGAUAGCCAUAACACUACCCUCCCUUUCUUUCUCUUCAUUACAAUAACAACCUCCAGACCAAGUAUCGAGCAUUCCACAAUCCACUUGCCUGGAACAAAGGUAGAUUGGAAUAGACUAAUAAAUCUUUCCAUAAUACUAUGAAGUCGAGUAGCAUUGAUCUUAGCCAACACCUUGUAUAAAAAAUUUCAGAGGCUAAUCGGCCUGAAGUGGUUAAAACAGGAAGCACUAGAUCUUUUGGGAAUUAGGAAAAUGAAAGUGUGGUUUAAAGAGCAAAAAAUUUUUUUCCAAAGGUCUCCUGGACAAAACUAACCACACUUUGCCCAACAAUCUACUAAUUCUUUCGGUAAAAGAGGCGAUUCAUACCAUCCAGACCUGGAAAGCUCAAAGGAUUUAAAGCAUAAACAGUACGUCUAAUCUCUGCCCCCAAAUGGAUUUGCAUAAAAGACAUGUUCUCCUCAUUAGAAUAUUUUUCCUGGAAAAGGUCAUGAAAUUAACUAGGGAGAGCCAGAUUCAAAGAGGAGAAAAGCUCAAAGAAGUUAGAAAUAAAGUAAUCCCUAAAUUCCUUUCUACACCGAAGCGACACAUCGCUUGAAAUGGAUAAUACUCCAAAUAUGUUUUCUUUUCUUACGAACAAUUGUAGAAUCAAGAAAAAAAAUUAGUGUACGAUCUCUCAAAUUCAUCCAAUUAUCUCUAGAAUUUUAGCACCAGACAUUCUAAUUUUUGAUCUCUUCGUGCUCCUUUCUAAAGAUACAAGAAGAGCCUCCUCCUUUCGAAAAACCUUUCUAGUCCAUAAGAUAAGAGCCUCGUGAGUAUACUGUAGAGAAUUUGAAAGAGUGAAACUCUAGAAACCUUCAGCAUGCCU